GAACAUAUUUUUAUCUCUAAAAAGAAUGAGGAAAACGCUACCGGCACGUAAGUAGGUGGCAUAGUGUGGAUCACAGGACACAGAUCACUAUAGACUAGAAAUGUGGAUCGCAUAAUGGGGAUUGGGGAUAGAGCAUAGCCUAGAUAUUCGGUGUGAAAACGCACAAAUCGUGUGUAUUUUACAAUGAAAAUCCGUAUACAAAUAUUUGGUUUUCGAAGGAAAUCCGCUUAAUUGGUUUAUAGAGUUUUAAAGGUAGUCGGAUACACUACUGGUAUCUCCUUCCUACGAUCCAGCUAUGGAGUUUUAUGCAAGACAAAAUGAACUUCUAAAUGUUGACUGCGUUUCGUCACCAGUAGAGUUCUGCAUGGUAUGCCUCGACACAGAAUGUAGACUGCAUACACUAGAGAAAUAUAACUUGGAUUCAGAUUUCAAAAACUUGACUGGAAUUGAGCUCCAAGGUGAGGUGAGAUUUGUGCCACAGUUAUGUACAGAAUGUGCUCAGAGGCUCACAAACUGUGCCAAAUUCAGAGACAAGAGCUUGAGGGCUUACCACUUGCUGGCACAGUUGGGAGAGAGGAGUGAAAUGCUAACGUUAGAACAAAUAAAGACAGUCAACCGAAAGCACAAUCGGCUCGUGUCAAAUAUCACCAAAUUAACAUUUGAACCAGAUUAUUAUGAUCUCUGUGUGAAAGAGCACAAGGACCAUGUGCAAAAGAUAGACAUCAAAAUUGAACAUAAAGACACAGUUCUAGGUAUAGAUAAUCAAAAUCUAAAUUAUGAUGUCAAAUUUGAAAAAAAUCUGUUGAAUGAUGAUCUAGAUGAUGAUACGCCGUUAACAAAAUUUGCGAUUGAUGUUAUCAAUAAAACUGAAUUCAAUGAUGGACUUGUAUUUGAAAAUGAUGGAGAAAUGGACUAUGAUAUGGAUGUACUUGAUGAUUGUGAUACUUAUGUUAGUUUUGUUAAAAGCAAGUCCGAUAUGGAUAGUUCUAAUAGUAAAGAAAUGACUACUCCAGUUAAUAAAAGCAAAAAUGUAGUUAAAACUAAUAAAAUCAGCCUUAAUAAUUCAUUAGUUGUAAAUAGAGAUAAAAAUAACAUAAAAGAUCAAAAUGAUACAUUAAAAGUGAUACGUGAAAAAGAAACCGAAAGUGUACCCAAAAUCAAAAAUCUAAAUAGAACAGUAAAAAAAGCAAUUAAUGAAAAUGCAGAUAGUACAAAAAGUUCAAGAAGUGCUGUUAGCGAUAGAACGAAGUGUAUCAAAUCAAAAAAACGGAAUUGCAGUAAAAUGAUAACUGUAAAAAAGGAUUUAGCAGAUGAUGCUAGUUUGAAAGACAUUAAAAGAUCUCAUAAAAAGAGAUUAAAGGGUCCUGGAAAGAAACCAGCGUCGAAAGAGCACUUGAAACUUUUUGAAACGACAGCGAUGAGUACAGUGGAGCAGCUAGAGGAGAUACAGAGACGGCAGCAGACGAGCAACUACAGGCUAUCUCCAUACAAGUGCACGGUUUGUUACAAAGGGUUCGUGGACAUCGACGCGUACGACGGACACAUGGACAGACAUUCCGAUAAAUUUGGAAAAUUCGAAUGCAGUAUAUGCGGCAUACGCGCGAAGAAUAAAAUCUGUCUGCGCAAACAUAUGGUGAUGAACCAUAGCUUCAGGUACACUUGCUUGAAGUGCUCUUUCGUCACCAACCAUAGAAACACCGCUACGAACCACGAGCGUUGGCACGAUGGCAAGCAGUACAGAUGUCCACAUUGCGACGAAGUGUUCACGAAGCAGACGUCGUACAUGUCUCACGUGCGUCUGAAGCACCCUUCCGAGCACGUAUGUCGACUAUGCGGGUACUCCUUCGUCGGCGAGCGCGGACUGUCGCUCCAUAUCAACUUGAAGCAUCGCGCGGACGAUUCCCAGCGGACACUAGAUGGACCGCAGUGCGAGGAGUGCAACAUUCGCUUCGCGUCCUCCGCCGCGUACGAGCAGCACAUGAAGGUGUCUCCCAAACACGCGCCAGCCGAUAAGCUGAAACCGAACUGCCCGCCGAAGAAAUAUCAACUGUGCAAGAAACGGAAACGGGCGCCGCCGAGGAAGGUCGACUGCGAACAGUGUGGCAUGCAACUUGUUGGCGGGCGAAACUACGCCGUGCACUUUCGUAUGCAUCACCCGGACAAGAACCGCACCAAAUACUCAACCGUCAACGUCAGCAGGACGAGCAUCAUGUGCGAGCUGUGCGGGAAGGUGCUGCCGAGUCUUUCCCACCUCCGCUACCACAUGCCGUCCCACGCGGAGCAGAAGCAGUUCAAAUGCGACGUGUGCGACAAGACGUUCGCGUUCAAACGCAACCUCACCACCCACGCGGUGAUACACAGCGAGUCGCGGCCGCGCGUCGAGUGCACCGUCUGCGGGAAGAACGUCUCCAACAAGAACAACUUGUGGCGGCACAUGUUUUCCCACAAAGACACACGGCCGUAUUACAAGUGUGAAGUUUGCGACAAGAACUUCACGAGCGUGCAGGGCAGGAACGAGCACGUGCUGCACGUGCACAGCAACGUGCCGCGCCCCAAGCGCCACCGCGCGCCCCGCCCCGGGCCGAAGCCCCAGCCGCCUGGCGCCCUCGGCCUGGACACCAGCGAGUCGCAGGAGUCUUGAUCUGACACGAAAAUGUUUCAUACGGCUUUAGGUUGAAGACAAAAUAUUGAAGAAGCUAAAUUAUAUCGGGGCAUCGACUAUAUCCCACUUCUGAUGUCGGCGGAGCGGACUAAAUACUACUUCUGAUAUCGGAGAAGCAGUAGCCUCAGCAGGUUCUAAGCUUUGUGUCAAGGAUGGCAAGAUACACAAAGUAACACUAUCAAUCAUCACCGAAUCGAUCAUUUAACUAGCAAAUACAGUUCUACCCUCUAUAUUGAUCAAUACAGCGCUGAUACUAUCACAUGUAAACCAGGAUUAACUAUCAUAUGGCUAGGAGUCGGCCACCAGCUGAUGUCAGACUUGUAACUGAUCCAGUUGGGUUAAAGACGUCUCACCAACCAACCAACACUCCCCAUUCUCAGCUGGUGUUGACUCCCAGCUAAUUAAUUAACAAAGCAAUGCCCUUACUUCUAUUAACUCACCCACUGAAGUUCGGAAACACUAUCACUAUUUUAACACUGCACCAUUACUAUUUAACAAAUGGAAGACGAGUAUCCAUUCCAAGGAUUCCACUGAACUACUCAACCAACAGGCUACAGACUGGCAGAGCGCCUCCACUCCGUAAAGCGCACCGCCUACGCGCCAUUUUAAAGCAAUAUCGUUAUCGUUUCCUAUUGGUCGAGCGCCGCCACGUCCGGCAUGGUGGAAACCUUUCACAGUCUUAUUCAAACAGCAAAUAAUUAAAUCUCAAUUACAUGAAAACCUGAUUCUAAUAUCACAAUAAUUAACGUAGAUUUUGCUAACCGAUCAAAUAACUCACUCGGCGACAUAUACAUAUUAAAAAUAUUCUAAUAUUAAAAUCAUUUUUAAACAUGAUUCUGACUGUUUUUUUCAUUCUGAUUGUGUAAGAACCGUAGGCUACUUAAUGGGACCUCAGCGGAUCAGGGGUUUUGGGCGCAGAAGCAUCGCCUGAUGGGGUCCGAAGGCUGAAGCAGAAGAUGUGGGCCAAAUACUAUCAAAGGGGGUCUCCUCUUGUCUCCUCUGAGAUCUUGGUUUAGGGGGCCGCUCUGGAAAGGGGUUUUGGCCUGAGUGAAUCAGUCUGGAACGCCCCCGAGAUUAGGGUAAAAAUCCCACGUCUGGGUGACGUCUGAUAUUGGGGACAUGGUCUUCGCCGUCGAAGACGCUGUGUAGCUUGUUUGUGUUGCCUGGGAAGCGUUGUCAGUCGUUAUGUCAUUGUCUGGGUCGUAAAAAACGUCUAGAUCUACAAUCGGCGUUAGGAUCGUGGGUGUAGGCAUUAAACAACCAUGGUCUAUACUCUAUACUCUAUACUCUAUAGCACGUAUCUUCUUAGUUUAUUGACUCCGAGCGUCCACGCUCGUCCAAAUCCACUGUUGAUGUACAUACAGGAAGAAAAUUUUUUUAGUACCGAUAUUUUUAUAUUUUGUACAUAAACAAAAUUUAAUGAUCACGUAUUUUUUCUUUUUUUUUUUAACUCAAAAAUAACAAAGUUAUCGUUAGCUAAAGUUUAAACAUUUAAACAGAAUUUGAGGGUCACCCUAUCGCUGUACUAAAUAAUAGGCAACUACAAAAUCAGCUGGUAGGUACUAGGUUAGCGAGCGCCCGCGCCGAGGGCCGUUGACCUUUCUACGUUUAUUUAUUUUUGUACCUAUUAUUUUUUAUAAUAAUUAAAGGUCGUCACUUUUGAGUUGAGUAUCGAUUUUCCCUUCAAACUUUAUUGGGCUUAGGACCAUCAAUAACGCGUAGUAAUAAUAAUAAAAAUUAUGAACUUUCGAUUGGAAUAAUGAAAUUUGUCUAAAAAAAUUGUCUGUCACUGGUCGCCCAUCGGCAAUUCGGCAGGCGACCUCAAGGAUUUUUCGAUCCCCUCACUCCUGCCACCCCCGUCAGCGAAGCGAUAUGACUACUGCCGGUAUUUCUUUGUCGGCGUCUUACAAAGUGCCGCCAGCAGUUGCGCAGUUUGUUUGGGAAUGUGUCCAUUAUUUUGUUAUUUCUGAGACAUAAAUUGAAAAAAAAAUAUUACAUAAAAUGUAUCGAACUGUUUGUAGAUUUAUGUUCUAUUAAUGAUAGAGAACCACGAAAAAAAGUAUCCGCACUAAAGUCCGAAUCACCCUGUAUAUACCUAAAUAAAAUGUAAAUUCUAAUAUUAUAUUGAAUAAAAUAAAACAAGUAAUUAUGUUACUAUAAUAUCUCAGACCAAUUAUAGAAGGACCUGUAUCGCACUCAUAGUUACGAACAAAAUUGUCUGUCAUUUUCCGAGGAAAACGAGCUUAGAUUUGGUAUAUAUCUUAAACUAAACUGGUAGUUUUUGUCCGUUGUUUACACAAUUCAAUCACACAAAAAGGUAUUUUACGGACCUCUUUAACUGACGAACACGAUUACAUCUAUUUAACAUCGAUUCUAUAGAGACAGUUUUUAUAAUCGCAUUAGAUCGUUGAUCAUAUACUUUGACAGAAAAGUUACGAUAGCAAGGCAGGUCCUAUACAAUAAUUGGUCUGAGUAUAAUAUCAACGAAUAUUGUCUAUGUGUAGUCUGUCGGCAUAGACUAUCAUAUUGUAAAUUAUGGUUUUAUUGUAAAAUCUUGGAGAAUUGAAGAAUUGUUGUUUCUGCGAUGUCUUAAACCUAAGUUUAAUAAAUAUAAUUUAUUAUUACAA